AUGCCCCUGCUGCCCAGCACCAUGGGCCUGGCAGGCCUACUCUUCUGGGCAGGCCAGACAGUGAAUGCCUUGAUGCCCAAUGCCACCCUGGCAUUGGCCCAGACCGAGGGCACAGCUGUGUGGCCUCUGAGUGGCCUGGGGGUGCCCCGGUACCGGCGGAAACGCCACAUCUCUGCUGGGGACAUGAGUGCCUUACUGGAUUAUCACAACCACAUCCGGGCCAGUGUACACCCACCUGCGGCCAACAUGGAGUAUAUGGUCUGGGACGAGCGGCUGGCCAGGUCUGCCGAGGCCUGGGCCACCCAGUGCAUCUGGGCCCAUGGGCCCUCACAGCUGAUGAGAUACGUGGGCCAGAACCUCUCCAUCCAUUCUGGCCGGUACCGCUCGGUGGUGGAUCUCGUGAAGUCUUGGUCUGAGGAAAGGCGCCAUUACUCAUUUCCGGCCCCCAGGGACUGUCAGCCUCACUGCCCCUGGCGGUGCAGUGGCCCUGUCUGCUCCCACUAUACCCAGAUGGUGUGGGCUUCCUCCAAUCGGCUAGGCUGUGCCAUCCACACCUGUGGCAGUAUCAACGUCUGGGGCAACACCUGGCAUCAGGCAGUGUACUUGGUCUGCAACUAUGCCAUUAAGGGGAACUGGAUCGGCGAGGCACCAUACAAGAUGGGGAGGCCAUGUUCUGCUUGCCCUCCGAGUUACCAAGGUACCUGCAGUAGCAACAUGUGCUUCUCUGGACUCAAAUCCAAUAGGCUUCUGUGGUUUUAAAUUUUU